CAAAAGGAAGAAAAACAGCACGGCAAGCAAACUGUUCAUUUCCUCUUACUUGCAAAAUGAACUGCGUCGCUGCUCUUAAGGCGAGUUCGCCGAUUUCCCUCUACUCUGAUUCCAGAAUAUUCCAGAAUCGCAGCAGCAUCCGCUUCUUCCGUCACAAUCAUAAUCGGAAUUCCAACAGAAUCAGAUGCAACCUGAAAGAUAACAAUCAACCGGAAACAACUACUGGUAUCCAGCUUUAUAGAGAUAUCGAGAGAUUACUUACAGAGACAGUGAAGCAAUCUCAAGGUUGGGGAAGUACACAGGACUGGGAUGAAAUCGAGGGGGCAUGGGUAUUGAGACCAAAAACCUCAAAGCCAAAGUUAGUCGUACAUUUUGUUGGAGGUGUUUUUGUUGGGGCUGCUCCUCAGCUUUCUUACCGCCUGUUCCUGGAGCGGCUCAGUCAAAUGGAUGUCUUGGUGAUUGCUACACCUUAUGCUAGUGGGUUUGACCAUUUCUACAUUGCAGAUGAAGUGCAGUUUAAGUUCGAUAGGUGCCUUAGGUUUCUCCAAGAAAGAGUACAAGACCUUCCUAUAUUUGGCAUUGGGCACUCUUUAGGAUCUGUUAUUCACCUUUUGAUUGGAUCAAGGUAUGCUGUUAAAAAAAAUGGGAAUGUAUUGAUGGCUUUCAACAACAAGGAUGCGAGCCUUGCAGUUCCAUUGUUCUCAUCUGUUCUUGCUCCAAUGAUGCAAAAUAUCGGACCGGUUUUAUCGGACAUUGCGUCAUCACCAACCAUUCGUCUUGGGGCAGAGAUGACUAUGAAGCAAAUAGAGAACCUUAGCCCCUCAAUUUUGAAGCAAGUUUUUCCACUGGUUGAGCAACUGCCUCCUCUGUACAUGGACUUGGUUAAGGGAAAAGAAAAUUUUACUCCAAGACCAGAAGAAACUCAAAGACUGAUAAGGUCCUACUAUGGGAUAUCGAGGAAUCUCUUAAUAAAGUUCAAAGAUGAUACAAUCGAUGAAACUUCAACACUAGCUCAAGUGCUCAGCUCAGGUUCUGCUAUCAGCUCAAUGCUGGAUAUGUCCAUCCGCUCGCUUCCUGGAGACCAUGCGCUUCCUCUACAGCAGGCUCUGCCAGAUGUUCCCCCAGGAAUGACAGAUGCUGUUAACAGGAGCGGGGAGCUAUUGGCAAAUUUGACCGCAGGAACACCAUGGGAAAGUGUUGCAAAGGAAGUCGGCAACACACUUGGUAAUGUAGACUCUAUACUUCUUAGCUCUCGGAAUUCCAAGGACUUGGAUCAGCUUGUGGAGACAAUAACAUCAUGGAUGUUGUCUAACUCCAGUCCAAGACUUUUACAAUGAUUUGCUAUAAUGUAUGUAGAUGAGCCUCCUCAAUUAAGUUGUAAUGAUAGUUAUACUUGACAUUUGUCAAGGUUAUAGAUACAUUGGCCUCUCUUUGGUCAUAUAUCUUGUGAAUGUAUACUUCCUGGAUUUUUGGUAUAAAAGAAAGGUCAAUUAUUUGUA